AUGCCCGUCUACUGCUGCGGCUCGAAUGCUUUCGGGCUAGUGGACCCGCCAGACCAGCUGCAGCUGCUCGAACCUGCCCUCGUCCCGGAUUGCGCAUCUCUCGAAGCCGCUUCCUGGUCGCAAUUGCUCGCCCGCAACACCGACGGAACUCGGCGAACUUGCGGCCUGCCUCUACCGAACGACUUCCCUCUCGAGCCUGUCGCGCGCUGGCUUGGUCAGGAUGACUUUGUCGCCGCGCUGCUCGAGGAUGGACGUAUCAAGAGACUCUCUGACGGCGCGGUCUCGACGGCGAGGUUCUCCUUGGCCGAGAUGAACGGGAGAGGCGAGUUGCUCGGAGUGCCAGCCGACGACCCAGGUGUCGCGCACCUCUUCCCAAGCCUCGAUGCGCUCUUCUUGCAACCAAGCGCCGACAGUCCUCCCCUUCGCCUAGUCCUGCCAUCUCCCACCUUCAACGGCACAUCAACCGCUUCACCUUCAGCCUCGGCCUCUAUUCGACAGCGAAAAGAGUCCAUCACCGCCCUCUCCUCCGGCUCAGCCCACUUCCUCCUCCUCACAUCCUCCUCACAAGUCCACUCCUACGGCGACUCUCGCUACGGCCAAGCCGGUCCUUUCCCCUCCUCUCUCUAUCACGCAUCCACCAGCUCAUCACUACCGCCAGCGACUAUCCCGCUCAACCACCUCUCCUUUUUCGACGGCCUGUAUCCGGUCCAACUCGCAUGCGGGUCGUUCCACUCGGCUGUGCGGACAAGAGAAGGGAGUGUCUACCUCUUCGGAAGCGACAAGGACGGUCAAUGCGGUGAGACAAGCGGAGGAGCGGACCCGGAGAUGGUUGAUCUCGACACAGACGAGGGUGACGAGGCAGAUGAGGAGGUCGUGCAGGUUGCAUGCGGAGGAGCGCACACGGUGUUGUUGACAGAGAGUGGGAAGGUGUGGGUCGCUGGUGCGAACCACCACGGGGAGCUAGGUCUCGGCGACACAGCGCCCCGACCGCGCUUCACCCGCUGCUCAGCAAUCGAGCGCCUCGCCGCACCAGGCCGAGUCCGCAUAAUCCUCUGCUCGCGCUCGGGGACGUUCUUCGAGACGGCGCCGUAG